AGGAAUCUAAAAGAGAAUGGAUUCAGUGACCUUAUGUUUGGUAGGCAGUCAUCACAGAAGCAAAGGAGAAGCCCCCAAAUGUAUUUUUGCAAAACCACUGAGGUGAUAUUUAUAUGAACUCCAAGGUAAGGACUGAUGUUGGAAAAAUGUAAAGACGGGCUUAAGGUUUACUUUCUACAUUUAGAAAGCAGAAUUAUUUCAAUAUGUUUUGAAGUUUAAUUGAAUUUUAGACACUAAAGUCAUGAGGAUUUUUAAUGGCAUGUUUACUGGACAUCGUUAGUGUUGUUCCUUUGUGUUCAAAUUAUGUCUCCGUCAUUUUACCCCUCAAAUGUGUUGAUGCUUACAGAGUGAAAUGCAACUUUUCAUAAGGUCUAUAGGUUAUGUUCAGUUCCUUUGGUUUCUAAUAAAACAUGACAAUCUCACAAGCUAGAGAGACACACACAAGCUAAACUACCAUCUUAUAUUUUGUGAAUAAAUAUGGUUAACAUUGACCAAAAUACCUAUCUUUUCUAAAAAAGGCAAAACAAAACAACAACAAAACAAACUUAAGCAGUUACCUAGUUACAGUUGAAAGGAUUUGGAGGGUGGUAUUUUUAACUCUUAAAUUCCCGGAUGCGGAUAUAACUGAAAUUAUGGUGCAAUUUAACCUUCAAGUCAAAUGACAAACUGCUCUCUAGAAAAACUUACUACCAGGACACACUGGUUAGCGUGCUUAUUUGUAUUUAUUCACGUUCAUCAGCACUGCGUAUUGAAAAGCCUAACAAACCUGAAAGGGCACUGUAAUAGCCGUUCCUUCGGUUUUACCCGCUAUCCUAAAUUCUAAGCAAACGCAAUGGUGGGCUGGUUGUAGGCAUGAGCCCACGAAAGGUGCAACCCAAACGUGAGACGACUUCCCUGCUGCUAGAACAAUGAGGACACCCGUAGCACCAUCUGGCCGUGGGCGUGCCGAGAGCUCCGCUCCUUCCCCAGGGGACCGGUCCCCAGCCUCCACGCUGACUCCAAGGGCUGUCAGCUCGCUCGGCCUCCGGACAAGAGUGGCGCACAGUGCACAUUGUGACCUGGAGGAACUUGGCGGCCUCUGCCCCGGUGGCCGGUUAAGGACGCCCCAGGCAGCGCACCCCGGGACUUACCUUGACCGCAAGAGCCCGGCCAGGGAGGAGAACGCGAAUCCACGCGCAGCGGUCCAGGGAAGGAGCUCGGGCCUCCGCCGCACCCUGUCCCAGGAAGUGUCUGUCCACCGCUGCCCGGCUCCGCAUACGUCACCAGCCCCUGUCGCCGCCGCUGCUGCUGCUGCGGGUUUAGUCGUCUCGUCGCCGCUCACGGCGGACCACUGCUUCCCACUCACGCAGGCGAACCACCCACCCUCACUCCACGCAGUCGUUAACGGUCGGCCGUUCAAGUUUAAAUCCCGGGGCGAGCCCACGCCCUCGGCUCCGCCCACCAGCUCUCUGAUUGGCUUAGGGGCCAGACGUCCUCCACGCCUACGGAAAGAUUGGUGCACGUUUUCUUUCUGCCCGCCCCCGCGGGCCCGGAAGCAGGCUAUGGGGCGUGGAGCUGAAGUGGGAACCCGCCGGGCAGUGCCGCGGAAGCCUUGGUCUUGGUUCCCCAGGCGUUGGUUUGGCGGAGAGACAAGGGGCUGGCCCUGCUCCGUGCCCCAGCCGCUCUUGGCCGCAGUCGGCGGCGUCGGAGAGGAACAACAGUACAGACAACAGCAGAAUGAAAACAAGCAACGUUCUCUUGACACUGCUGCUGUCCUGUCAGCUUGCCUGUUCCUUCACUCCCUCACUCUCUCUCAAUUGCUCCUGAAUUCUGCCUCCUCUGUAAACUCAGGCUACUUUUGAUAGUCGCCAGUGAUCUCAACAGUCAGCAGCUUCAGUUGUCUUGCUCAGUCCUGUGAGUAUUUGAUAGUUUACCCAAUACAUAUUUAUUGGGCACUCGUGAAGCGUACUGUGGUAUGUUUUGGUGGUUUGAUAAUUGCAUAAAAAUCUCAGCAAGUGGGAGACUGAGAAUGCAGGAUCUUGACUUGGAGGCAAGCCUGGAUUACAUAAGGGAGACUAUGUCUCAGAACACAAGAGGCUGGAGAUGUAGCUCCUGGUAGAGCACUUACCUAGCAUGUACAGGAUUCUGGGUUUAAUCCUUAGUACCAAAACCAAAAGACACAACUUCUUGUAUUUAGGAGUAAUUGACAUUGAUGGAUCACAAAUUAAAAUUAUGGUCAGUCAGCACAAACGGGUGGCAAAUUUUUCAUAGAGAACUCCUAAUAACAAGGAUUUACCGUAUUAUGUCACAAACCAGGAAAUAAAAGAUGAGUGAAAGGGUGAGGAGGGUAGAGAUGCAGUGAGAGGUAUGUUGUCGGGAAUGGAAAAGCGUAUGCAAAGAUCUAGGCAGAUGGGAGACUUAGACUUGAGAAACUGAAUGAGAACUAGGACAAAGGUAGAUGGUAGAGAUGAAAUUAAGAGGUAGGUCAUGGAGGCCAAUGGGAGGGAUUCUGAUUUUAUCCAAAGAGCUAUGGAAACUGGGUGUCUGAAGCAGAAUUGGGGUGUGCUGUGAAAUAUUCAGGCUUAUACUUGCAAUUAUUUUCUCUGCAUUGAGAAGAAUGGAUUAAAGGAGUGUACCAUUCUAUGUAAAAUCUAAAAGGGAGAUACGUGCAUAUUCCAGUUGUACAUUGUGGUACUUUAGGUGAGGAUGGUAAUGGCCAAGAUAUUAAGAUGGGGCAGAUAGCUGUAUUUUGUGCCUAUGACCAGAACAUAGAUUUGCUGAAGUUGAGGUAUGAGAGAACAGGUGUGCUCUAUUGGUUCAUAGGUCUCUGGUUUGUACAGCUGAAUGCUGUUUUUUGUUUGUUUUUGUUUUUGUUUUUUGAGGCAGGGUUUCUCUGUGU